CAUAUUCUUAAUGAGUAAGUAAGCGGAUGGGCACGGCCCUCUCUCCUCCCGCCAUCUGCGCUGUCUCCUCAUGCUUACGGACCGUUUGUUAGGGACAAGGUCGGCACGUCAGCCUGCGAUUUCGGACUUGACCCCGGGGGCUGAAGCGGCUGAGGGCAGGUGGCUGGCCUGGGGGAGCUGGUGAGAAGAGAUGGGGUGCUGUAGCAUGAGCGCCCGGCGAGCUGCGUCGGCAGGGGCAUGCCAGGAUGAGAUGGAGCUGCUGGAAAUAGGUGGCAGCAGAAAAUGGUCCAUUUCAGAACCUCAGAGUGAAGGCUCCCUCCAUCUCAGGGACCCCGUGACCACGACAGAGACAGGAGGUAACCUGAGGCUAGCUGAAGAGGAAGAUUUUCAGGGGAGGAUCAGAGAGCUGAAUCCACAGGCAGAAGUGUUGUGGGGGAGAACACAGGAGGAACUAAGGAACUUCCUAUUCACACAGCCCAUCACUGGCUGGGAAGGGAGGAGCAUCCACUCUCUUGGGGAAAUAGUAUGGUCCUCGCUGGUUCUUAUGCGCAGCUGUCACAUGGAGGAGAUGUCUGAACAGUACAUUGUGCUGUUCCCCUUCCAGCUGUUGAUUCUAUCAGUGGAUCACAUGAAGAAGAUGUUUAUCUACCAGGGCCUGCUUCCGCUCGCGGGGAUGAGUGUGAGGGAUGUGCCGAGUGACACUGGCUGCAUGUUUGAAAUGACUGGCACCACCUCAUCCCUAUUCCUGUGA